CAUAAGCUGUAUUCCUCCGGCCGCGCGGAACUCCGCCGUUGGAAAUACUUGCAUGUAGAAUUCAUGAAUUUAUAUGCAUCUUGAUGCCAAGUUUUAGUGUACGAUGCGCAUCUAUGACUUCAAACGCGGAGAGCGUUGUAUCGACUAUACUCUCUUUGGAUGUUGUCUACAUAUUUCGAAUUGGAGUUACAUGUGUAGUAGUAGUGGAGAUACAUAUGUACAUGCAGUGUAUGUGGUGUAGAAUCCUCUUAUCCUUCCAUGCUCUUUUUCCAUUUCUCCAUUCUCUUAUUCUUUCUCUUUUUGUUUUUUUUAUCUCUUCUUUUUUUGGUCAUUCGUAUAGGUACUUACCUAAGUAGGUUGUGUGGUGGUACGAUUCCAUUCCGCACGAAUGGAAUGAUGACAGGGAACAAGGAAAGUCAGCCCACAAUCUCGAGGCGGGGGCGGGUCCUGCGCUGGCUUCUACCUACAUAGUAAUUUCUGCUGGAGUGUACAGUAGCUUCCCUCUCAGCUCUCCAGUUUGGCGUUGUCCGGUGGAAUGGAAGUGGUAAUUGCAUCAUGUGCUUCCUGUAGUCUUGAAGAGCUUAUUGAGCUUAUUUAGUAGGGAGGUACGACCCACAUAGAAUGCCUACUUGUGAGAAAUGGAGAUUAGAGAUAAUGUUUCAGGGAAACAAGGACUUAGGACUUCAAGUUACACGAUAGUUAAAAAUUUGCUCAGGAAGCGACAGCACAAGUUCGAUGCACACACGUUGUUAGAUUAUUAUGUAUACCAAGAAUACCAAGAAUACCUAAUAUUUCCGUCUACUGUAGUACCUACCUAGGUACCUAAUCUAACUCGAACCUU